AUGACAGAUUCACCAGUCGAAGAUGUCCCCGAGACAACUCGUUCAUCCUCAGGAACCUACAUCCCACCCUCAGUCCACGACACUGCCCUCAUCGCAGGCGAAUCAUUCACACACAUCACAGCGAUCCCUCCUUCGCUUCAACCAACCGACCCUUCAGAUCCAUCUUCCGCAACACCAUGCUGUCUCGGCGUCGAUGAAGCUGGCCGUGGCCCCGUUCUCGGCCCCAUGGUCUACGGCGUCGUCUUUCUCCCCAUCUCCCUAUCCGACUCUCUUCUCCGCGAAACACAUCACUUUGACGACUCCAAGGUUCUAAAACCUGCCGUUCGCUCUGAUCUUAUGCGCACCCUGUGUACACCUGGCUCAGAUCUUUACGAAUCGUGCGGUUGGGCUACGGCCUCGUUAUCGGCAAGGGACAUUGGCGCCAACAUGUAUCGGCCUAAUGCAUACAACCUCAACGCCCAGGCUAUGGACGCCACGGUCGAUCUCAUCAAGGCUGUGUAUGCCGCAGGUGUUAAUGUGCAGGAGAUUUUUGUCGACACCAUCGGUCAGCCUGCGGCCUACCAGGCCAAGCUUCAGCGUAUAUUCCCCACGGUCAAGAUUAUUGUUGCCAAAAAGGCAGAUAGUCUAUACCCCUGCGUCAGUGCUGCCUCGGUUUGCGCAAAGGUCACCCGUGAUGCUGCGCUUGAAGUACUAUUUGAAGCGAGGGCCGACGACGAGGAAAAGGGUGGCGAGGCGAUGGCUUGGGGCUCAGGUUAUCCAUCUGACGGAAACUGCGUGAGCUGGAUGAAGAACAAUAUGCAUCCUGUUUUUGGAUGGGGUCCCGAGUGUCGGUUCAGUUGGGGCACAGCGAAGGACAUGCUCGAGGGCAAGGGUAAUGGCGUUAAGGUCGAAUGGCCGCUAGACGAUGAUGGCGAGACCAGCAGAGUCACUGAUUUCUUCGUCGCAGGUGACAAAAGCAAGGAAUCAUCGGAGUUAGGCAAUUGGUUUGGUACUCCUGCGGAUUUGGAAGCAUUCUAG